AUGCUGCUGUUGUUGUCUCGUCGAGAUGAUGCUGCCGGUUUUCCCUGCAAAAGGAGGAGAGAAAGCGGAAGAGAAAGGGGAAAAGAAGAGACGGGAGGGGAGAGAGGAGAAGGGGAGAGAAAGAGGGAGAAGCGGGCCGAUGGGAGAGAAAGAGAAAGGGAGAAGAGGUGUCCAGCGACUGAUUUCGCCGGAGCUGCCACUGGUCGCCUGACUUCGUCGGAGAGGAAAAGAGGAGAGAAGGAAAUAGGGAAGAGAGGAGAGAAAGAAAAGAUGGAGGCGGGGAGAGUGAGAAGGAGGGGAAGGGAGGCGGCUGGAGAGGGGUGGCGACAGAGGGGCGUUGCCACCUCUGGAUGA